AUGAACCGCGAUCCAGUUGUGACUCCGCAGAAUCAAAACGGCCAUCAUACUGGUUUGCUUGAUAGUGUAUCCAACUCAGUGUCGCUCAGUCAGAAGAAAUCCUAUUUAUCAGAUAUGUAUCAUGUCGAGCCAACCAGCUUGAAACUGUCUCAUGUGCUUUCCUGUCCCUCACCUUGCACGGAACUUUUACUCACACCGGAUGGCGAGGUGCUUGUUUUUGCCUGUGAGGCAAUCAUUGUACUGAUGGAUAUUCGCAGCAAACGGCAGCAACAUCUCUUGGGUCACACCGAUGUUGUUACUGGGCUAGCCAUCGAUCCAGCAACGCGAUUGUUGGCUUCCUCACAGUCAGCCCCGCCGACGUCAUAUACCUGCGAAGUGGGAGUUGUACACCUUUGGCGUUUACCCGACAAGACAGCCUCUAACCCCACACAUCGACCAAUAGGCACAGGCCGAAUGGAAUCCGUCAGAACAUUUAACGGCGUUGCACUUUCUGAAAACGCCGAAUUUCUACUCGCCCACGGAUGCGAUCACGCAGGAAGCGCAAUGAUCGUUGUUUGGAAUGCAAAGGCCGUUGCGGAAACCGCGGUUUUACCACUGGUUACCUACACAUUCACGGGAUUCCGACCCCGACAAUUAAUCCCUUUGCCUCUGACAAGUGAAAGUGAACGAAACAAGACUGGUGUUGUCUUGCGCUUCAUGACUACGGAAGGCUUUGAAUUUUGCAGGGAAGCAGAAAGCCAACGGUUUGAAUCAAAACCUAAUCGAACAGAAUCCGGGUUGUGUAUCUGGAACCUACAGGAAAGUAUUGACCAACAAACAUUGGAUCUAAACGCAAAAACCAGAAGGUCUUUUCGCUCUGCUCAGUUCACGUUGCUCAGAGAGGCUCAUACACCCUCAGAUUUAAAUUUCACUGACUGUUGUCUAAAGCCUGGAAAAGGGCAGUGCAACCGAGAAAACGGUGAAAUUUCGUACACUCUCUCUUACUCGGCGAUAAUGUGCUCCAGCACAGGUCAUCUAAUGGAGUUUGAUCCCAACAGCUGUGAAGUUCUUCACCUCUAUCGAAUCAUUAAAUAUCGACCGGAUGGCAAUAAAGGAGAAUCCUCUGCGAAAAUCUACCACUUAUCAGGCCACAAAGAGGCGACAAAGUAUGCAGACUGCAAACCAGGUGUUGGUCUUACAAACCUAGCAUGGAUCCAGCAGGACUUUCCCACCCCGCAUGGCUGGCUAGUCACGGGGUCAGAUGACGGUUGCCUCAGAUUGUGGGACGAACUCAGCCCAACGGCAACCCCAAAACUGGAGGUUAAGUACGCUGGGCCAAUCUGCUCUUUAUCAGUAUCCCUGAUCGAACCUAUUUCAGAACGGCAGGAUGUGUCCAAAGACACUGAUGGAUUACCUUUCGCUACCAUCGCCUUGUCAACAAAAACCGGUGGAUUAGCAGGGCUGAUUCUGUCAGUCGAAUACCCGUCAGAUUGUUGCGGUGGAGAGUCAGGCUAUCCGAAGCUUGAUCGGAGUCGACCGGUCAUUUCAGGUUGCACACCGAUGCGGCUGUUAUCCUGGCCAUUGGACGGACCCAUUGUCAGCACCGACCUAGUAUCCUUCAAUCCCUCGGGUUCCUGCUCCAUUCUCUGUAUCGCUACAUUGCAUGGAUCAAUAAAAAUUUGGAAGCUCCUGUCUUCCACAUGCAAAGUCGGAGUGUCAAAGACUGAGUUUCCUGGGGACGUCUGCCUUCGUAACCUACCCUUAUUCGAUUUGCGAGUUUCGGGUGACCCCCCUUGUCACGUAUCCUUGCAACCCGCCGUAAUCGAGGGACAAACAAGCGAGAUCACGGAUUAUUCAUGGCUUCGGCUUGGCUGUGGCUACCGUGGAACUGGCCUCGUUAGGAUAUUUGAUCCUUCCUCUGCCAGCUUGUUGUACACAUUAACAACUGAUAACAUGUGCGAUGUGACAGCUGUGGUACCUACUUGUACGCAACUGAUACCUCAGAGUGACCUCACACUGAGCCCCGAUGAUCAAAAGUUGGUAUAUGUUGACCAAACACACCUGCUGAUCACAGUUGCCCAAGCUUAUACGUUGGAAACUCUAUUCCAGGUGGAUUUAAACCGAGCUGUUGACAAGAACCCUGGAGAAUCCUUUGAGGUAGUUGGUGAUCAGCUAGACCACAGAAGAAUACUAUUAAACUUCAGUUGCAGGAAUCCAAUCACGGACAGCCACGAUUUACUUGUAGCUAGGCCCGAUGGGUACCUUUGCCGCUUCGAAGGAAGUACUGGCGAACUGAUUGCUCAUUGUCGCCCACCACACAGCGUUAACGAAAAAGACGAUAGAAAGGAUCACAAGACAAAAUAUUGUGAGAUGCAAGAAGGUGCGUACUGGUCAGCAAUGUGCGUUAGUCCAGACGGAAAGCACGUUGUUUUGGCAGCCGCAGCUCGGCCAGUACUGUACACCACAACAACCGACCUUUGUCAGCUGCCGGACGGGCCCGAAAAGAACUAUACAAAUUCAUCCGUCUCCGUGCCAAAAUUCAGGCAGUUCGUCGGACAUCUACAUGCUAUCAGUGCAAUCCUGAUCACGGGCGAUCAACAUUUUUGUUUGACUGUGGAUGGAGGGGUGGGAGUCACCAAUGAGGCGUCUACCCCAGCUUUGGGAAGUGCGAUCUAUGUGUGGCAACUUUCCAAAAGUAAAAGGCGCCAAAUUACGGAACACAGCUUGUCUGGAACGGCGUUACCUCGUGGAAACAAAACACCGCGAGAAAAAAGUACGGCUAUACCAUGGACGAGUGAACAACACAAAACUGGUGUAUGUUUCAAGGAAGCGACGCCUAUAUCACAGCCGAAUGGCGAAAAUGCUAUAACCAAAUCGGGGAACCAUCCAUCCUCUGUGCCCUGGCAACAUUCCUAUCGAAAUAGCAGCCCUCGCGAUUCUCGUCGACCAAUAUCCACUGAAUUUGACAGGAUCACUUGGGAGGAAAGCCAUCUGCGAUUCAUGCCCCUGAGGACCUACAGCGGGAAGUGUAUUCACGGUCUUAUUGGGUAUACGAAUCAACCGGUUGCGGUGGAUAGCGUUGUUUGGGAUCCUGAUUCUGGAUUGUUUGUUUACACAGCUGAUGCGUUUUUAAUUUGCGAAUCUCUGGAAUCCGGUGAGCAGGUGGUCUAUGCCACCCAACUGGCGAAAGAUGGCAGACAAACAAACCUGUCACCUGUGCUUAUCAGAGAAUUAUUGAACUCGCUGGUGUUGUCCCCGAACCGUCGAUUGCUCGUCAUUGGGGCAACAGCUCUCUGGUCCGAGGCUGGACAAUGCAUGAAAAGUACACGUCGUCUUGUUACGUCAGCAAUCGUCAGCAUGCCGGUGAAAUUCACAAGGCUUUAUCCCCAUCGAGGACUCUCUGCACCAGAGCAACGCGUUACCCUGGACUACGAGUCGGUCCACAGGUUGCAUUACUCCUCCAUCCUUUGGCAUUGUCUUGAAGCCAAUGAAGCAGCAUCUAUUGGUCCAAGAACCACUCCUGCACCGAUGCUGAAAACCAUGGCUUUCAGUUCAAGUUCUCAGUACUUGAUCACUGCGGGGGAUGAAAGCGCUCCCAUUAUUUCAUGCUCGUUUUUGUACCCGAUGGACUUUGUUACGGUUGGAUACGUUCACAGAGAGCCGCCUACGCCUCACCAGGGGCAUUUGUUGUUUUGGCACAUUGACAAUGCUGAGCAAAAACUUGUUGAUGAACCUCCCGCAUCCACCGUGGAAUGUGUUGACAAGCUUUCCACGGCAAUUUAUCUCCUUGGACCAGAAACUUGCAAUGGAAACAGUCCGUUGUGGUUGCAAUCAGUUACAUUACGCGAAAUUCUGAUUGUUGCCACAGCUACCGGAUCGAUUGACGUGUGGGAUCCGGUCAGACGUUGCAGACUUACUCACUGCCCCACUGGAGACGCAGAGAUGACACCAGUGGCGUCUACAAAGGCACUCAGUCCGGCAAACGCUGAUUCCGCAGCUGCCAUCCAAUUUCUCGGAACGUCCCAUCUCGUCAUGGGGACGAAUCGUGGAUUCCUAAUUCUACUCCGGAUUACCGCUAGACGUUCGGAAUGGAAAUUGGUUCCGCUACGGAUUCUAAAGGAGCACGUAAACCAGAAUCUGCACUUUAAUUGUGUACACCAGUUAGAAGUGUUUCCAUCGGAAGUUUCGUUUGACCCCAUAGAUUUCACAUCACGUUCCGUUGGAACGGCAUUCUCCAAGGAUCUUGCGAGAAAAUGUGAACGUGCUAUUCCCGGAGUACAAAGUACAGCAAUACACAUGCAGAGCAAUCGGACAUUUUUGUCGGAGCUUAAACAAAUAGAACAAACACCUGCAUGGCUUUGGUUGGCGAUCUCCGGUGACCGACGUCUCAGUGUGUGGCUAUUCAUUGACCGACGGCAGUUCGAAUGUGUGAAUGAACGGGUGGUUAGUUUGGAACGCUGCCAUCUUAUUGCCUGGUUGUUGUUGGAUUCGCUCGUUGAGGUCAGGCCAAUCGGAAAAAGUGAAAAUGCUGCUGAGAAGCACCAUUUUCAUGAAGAAAAAACCGGCGUGUCUGGGAGCGACUUGGGCAGCAAUUUCAAAGUUAAAUUUGUCCAGAAGAAGCCAGCCCAUAAUAAAAGAACAAUUUGUGCAAUGGCACCUUUGGAAAGCAUUUCAAUCCUUAUCGCACACUCGAAUUCAAUCAAUCAGACUCAGUUGUGGCUUCAUUCCUUCUACCCCACACAAUUACCUAUGAAACUAUCCACUGUGUCCGGUAUGCUGGACUCAUUGCUUGUCACGCCUUCGAAGACCACCACUAAUCAGUCACUCUCCAUUGAACCCACACGAGCAUUCCUUCUCACGCGAGUAGAUGAUCGAGUGAAGUUAUUGUCGGCCGUUUUCGACGCGGGAAGCGCAGUUUGUAGCGAUUGGGUUGAACUGAUCCAUUUACCGUUAUCAACACGCUCCACUGGUCCAAACCCGCCGCUGCUUCGACUAUUACCUACAAAUGGCGAUGACUUUGAUCACGAGGCGUCUGUGGUUGUGGCUUUGGGGGCUAAUUUGAUUAUUUUGUA